AAAAAAAAACAAAAAAGAUUAAAAAAGAAAAUAAAUGCCUCCCAAAGUUGAUCCCAACGAAGUUAGAUUUAUUAAUAUUAAAGUUUUUGGUGGUGAACCCGGUCCUGCUUCCACCUUAGCUCCAAAAUUAGGUCCUCUUGGUUUGAAUGCCAAAAAAGUUGGUGAAGAUAUCAUUAAAGCUUGUAGUGAUCAUAAAGGUAUUAGAGUUAUGGUUUAACUUAAAUGCUAAAAUAGAGCUGCUGAAGUUACAAUUUUAAAUACUUCUUCAGCAUUACUUAUAAAAGAACUCGGAAAACAUUCAAGAGAUAGAAAGAAAGUUAAAAACGUAAAACAUAACGGUGAUCUUUCAUUAGAAUAAAUAAAAAAAGUUGCAAAAAUAAUGGAAGCUGAUAAUAAGUCAUUUGCCAAAACAUUUGCAGGAACAGUAAAAUCAGUUUUGGGGACUGCUUAAUCUAUUGGAGUUACUGUUAAUAAGUAACACCCUAAAAAAAUUAUUGAAGCUAUUAAUAAAGGAGAAAUCAAUGUUUGAUUAGAUUUUAUAUAUGUAUUAUUAAAAUAUUUGUUUAAACAUAUUGUUAAAAAUCCAAAAAUUAUAUUUAUUUAAACAAAUUUUCUAU